AUGUUUUAUGAUUUAAUACCAGGUAAAUAGGCUUACUUAGAAUCAGUAGAGAAUUUGCAACAAGGAACUUAUUUAUUAUUAGAUGAAUGCCCUUGUAAAAUCCUCAGACUUCAACUCUUCUUUAGUCGUCAUGGUCAUUGUGCAUACAUUGAAGUUGAAAAUGCAUUUUCAAAAUAAAUUGUUAAAAUAUAACGUUCGAUUCACGGAAAAUUGGAAAUACCUUUAAUUUAAUUUGAGGAAUAUAGUUUGAUUGGAAUAUAAAAUGAUGAUUUUUUAACAUUAUUAAAUUCCAAGGGUACAAUUCGAGAAGAUAUAAAGAUGCCCUAAUUUAAGGAGUUAGCAAACAAAUUAAGGAUGUGGUUUGAAGAGGGAAAAGAUAUUAUAGUGUAGAUUAUAAAAUAUAUGGAUAAAGAGGAAGUGUCAGAGGCAAGAUGUGAGGAAUGA